ACUACCACUACAGAAACACCGUUCAUUAUUAUUUUAACAACGGAAACCACAACUGAAAUUGUUACAACAGUGACUACUCCUAUAACUACUGUAACAACACAAACAACAGAAACGACGGAAAUAACUCCCACUACCACUACUACAGUGACUACACCAAUAAUAGAAGUUAACAUCACUACGGAAACGCCUUUCAUUAUUACAUUAACAACAGAAACCACAACUAAGACUACAAUUCUCACAACAGUGACCACUCCAGUUACUACUAUAACAACGGAAACAACUCCU